GUAGAGCAACCCGUUCCGUUCCUUCGUAUUCCAAUUUUCAACUCCCACGAGCCUCGGUGUGCGCAAGUUACAGUUAUGCGCAUGUUAGAAGAAUUCAUUUUAUAUUGUUCGGUCCAAUAUAUUCAAAAAAAUAAAAAGAAUUUAUUGAACUCGAACCUCACCUCUGUCGUCUUCCUCACUCUGAAAAAAGCAACAACAACCACCGUUACCGCCGCAAUCACCUCCCUAAAUACGCCGUCGUUUUAACAAAGCUUCAAAGAUCCACCGCGGAAAUCAUCGAUUCAACUCUCUCCUACGCUUUGAAGAAUCACGUUCACAUCUUCAUCGCGUUCGUUCAAUUUUGGUAACUUCGUUUCCUCAGUUUUCAAAAUUGAAUUCCAAUUUCGGUACAAAUUCUCCACUCGUUUCAUCUGUUGCUUCACUUUCCACUCCCACGGGAAUUAACAGAGUCAAUUGUUGCUCUGUUAUUGUAUUCGCUGUUGCAAGGGUUUCUGCUUGCAUCUCGGUGUUUUAGUUUUUUCUGUAGCUUGAAAUCAUCUGAAUUAGGCAAUUGAAGAUAACGGUAAUAUCGAUUUGUGUGAGAUUUAUGGUUUCGGUGAGGGUUUUAUGAGGUUUAUAGGAUUAGCAUGGUUUAGUUUUUUUGAAUUUGAUCCAACUGAAAUUAGGGUAUUGUUUUCAUGAUAGUAGAUUGAGGAUGGUGAGGCUUUUAGGGUUCGCUGUUGGUUAUGCAGAAGAACCCCGUGAAAUUGAGUCAAAGUCAAACCUGACUAGUGACUCUAGUGAAAAUGGUUGGCUUAUUAGGUUCUUUGAUUCUUCGUUUUUCUGUGAAUGGAUUGCUGUGAGUUACUUGUACAAGCAUGAUCAUGCUGGGGUGCGUGAUUAUCUUUGUAAUAGAAUGUAUACUCUACCCUUGCAAGGGCUUGAGAGUUAUUUGUUUCAAAUAUGUUACAUGACGAUACAUAAGCCUAGUCCAUCGUUGGAUAAGUUUGUCAUUGAUAUGUGCUCGAAGUCGCUUAAGAUUGCUUUGAAGGUGCAUUGGUUCUUAAUGGCAGAGCUGGAGGACUCUGAUGAUAAUGAUGGGAUUAGUAGGAUUCAAGAGAAGUGUCAGAUGGCAGCCACCUUGAUGGGUGAGUGGCCGCCUUUGAUACGGCCUCAUACUGAACCUCCGAGUCCUGGAGGCAAGAGCCAAGUUUUGAAUAGGUUACUUUCAUCUAAAAAUCGUCUGUUGUCAUUAACAACCUCACCGCCGAAGUCUUUGUCAUUUUCUUCUUCGCCGGGAAAUAAUUUGCAAGACGAUGGCAAUCCCCUGUCUCCUGAUGAGAACAGGAUAUUUAAGAAGUUUAUGCCAAGUCCAAAGGUUAGAGAUGCUUUGCUUUUUAGAAAGUCAGCGGACAAAGAUGACGGCGAUUCUGAAAAGGAUGGGUUUUUUAAGAGGCUUUUAAGAGAUAGCAAAGGUGAUGAUGAACUUGGCCAAAAAAUUCGUGAUGCGUUUCAUUUUCGGAAGUCAUCCGAGAAAGAUGCCUUAGACUCUGAGAAAGAAAACUUCUUUAAAAGGUUCUUAAGAGACAGUAAGGACAGUACUAGAGGUGAUGAUGAUGACUCUGAAAAGGACGGUUUCUUUCAAAGGAUCUUAAGGGACAGUAGAAGCGAAGACGAAGAUGUGACCUCAAGUUCAGAAGGGUUUUUUAAGAAGUUGUUUCGGGAUAGUAAGAAUGAUCCGGAAGACAGAAUAAGUACAAAAACAGUGGAAGAUGAAGAGAAGAACGGACUUUUCCGAAAGUUUUUCCGGGAGAAAUUUGAAGAUAGGAAGGAUGGGCGUGAUAGAAAUGACAAUAGAAAUGUUGCUAAUUCUGAAGAGAAUUGUUCAAAACCCGAUGAAGAGGAUGAAAAAGAUGGGUUUUUCCGGAAAUUCUUCAAGGAUAAAUUUGAGGACAAGAAAGACACAAAGGAUAAAAUUGAAGAGGGUACUGCCAAUGGUGAGGAAGAAGAGCCUUCUGAGGUUUCCUUGUUCAAAAGACUAUUCCGCGUACACCCUGAAGACGACCAAAGUAGUCCAGCCAAUGAAAAUAGCAAUAAUGGUGGUUUAUUUCAAAGUAGUCCAGGUACAGAGAAUUUUUUCCGUAAAUUGUUCAAAGACCGUGACCGUUCAAUUGAAGAUUCAGAGCUAUUGGGGUCAAAGCGACAGAAAGAGAAGCAUCCUGGGACCCCAAAGCAGCACAGUGAAAAAUCGAGCACAAAGCCCCCGUUACCAAUCAAUCCAACUCAGUUCCGGAAAGGGGCUUACCAUGACUCAUUGGAGUUUGUGCAGUCAUUAUGCGACACAUCAUAUGGGUUAGUGGAUGUAUUUCCAAUUGAAGAUCGCAAAAGUGCUCUUCAAGAGUCGCUUAGAGAGAUCAAUAUACAUGUAAAAGAGGUUCAGAACACCGGUGGAGUCUGUUUUCCACUGGGAAAAGGCAUGUACCGCGUGCUUCAUAUGCCAGUAGAUGAAGCUAUUCUGUUGAAUUCUAGGGAGAAGGCACCUUAUAUGAUCUGCAUAGAAGUUUUGAGAUGUGAAAUGCCAAGUAAUUUCAAGGAGGCAUCCAGUUCUCAGAAGCUUUCUCAAGGUGGAAUUCCUUUGGCAAAUGGAGAUGCUUUCUUGCAAAAACCACCCCCUUGGGCAUAUCCAUUAUGGUCAGCACAAGAGGUUUACCGUAAUAGCAAUGAUAGGAUGUCCAGAUCGACUGCUCAGGCAAUUGACCAGGCAAUGACUCAUGUAUCUGAACCAAAAAUCAAACUUGUUAGCCUGAAUCUUUCAGUUGAAACACGAUACAACGGUCAGGAAGGAGCAGAACAUGACAGUGAUUUGGAAUGGGUACGAGUAGUAUUGACAGCUGAUCCUGGGGUUAGAUUGGAAGAUAUCGAGGAUCAAGCACCACCUCGGAAAAAGGAACAUCGCCGUGUUCCAAGUACAGUGGCAAUGGAAGAAGUGAAGGCUGCAGCAGCAAAAGGAGAAGCGCCUCUUGGACUCCCUUUGAAAGGUGCUGGCCAAGACUCAUCAGAUGCACAGCCGAGGGCUAAUGGAAUUACUCCCAAAGCCAGUGAUGCCUUGUCUGGUGAACUUUGGGAGGCAAAGAAAGAUAGGGUAUGCAAGGCUUCCAUAUACGGAAAGUUACCUGGUUGGGACUUGCGAUCGAUUAUUGUAAAGAGUGGAGAUGAUUGCAGGCAAGAGCAUCUUGCUGUUCAACUUAUUUCUCAUUUCUAUGAUAUUUUCCAAGAAGCUGGUCUACCCCUUUGGCUGCGCCCUUAUGAAGUUCUGUGUACUUCUUCUUAUACAGCUCUCAUUGAAACAAUUCCAGAUACGGCUUCUCUACAUUCAAUCAAAAGUAGAUAUCCCAACAUCUCAAGUUUACGUGAAUUCUUCAAUGCUAAAUAUGAAGAAAAUUCUCCAAGUUUUAAACUUGCCCAGAGGAACUUUGUUGAGAGUAUGGCAGGAUAUUCCCUGGUGUGCUACUUUCUGCAGGUGAAGGAUAGGCAUAAUGGGAACCUCCUUUUGGACGAAGAAGGUCAUAUCAUACAUAUUGACUUUGGCUUCAUGCUUUCCAACUCACCUGGUGGGGUUAAUUUUGAAAGUGCACCUUUUAAAUUAACACGCGAACUUCUUGAGGUUAUGGAUUCUGAUGCCGAGGGUCUGCCAAGCGAGUUCUUUGAUUAUUUUAAGGUUUUAUGCAUUCAAGGCUUCCUCACUUGCCGCAAGCAUGCUGAGCGUAUUAUUCUUCUUGUUGAGAUGUUGCAGGAUUCGGGUUUCCCGUGCUUUAAAGGCGGUGUACGGACAAUACAGAACUUGCGAAAGCGAUUCCAUCUCAAUUUGACAGAAGAGCAAUGUGUCUCCUUGGUGCUUUCUCUUAUUAGCAGUAGCCUUGAUGCUUGGAGGACACGGCAGUAUGAUUAUUAUCAGAGGGUUUUGAAUGGAAUAUUGUGAGAUAAUUUAUUACUGGUGAUAACUUGGUUGUUCCAUUUUGGCCAAAGCUUGUACGUGAGUGCUUGUCAAUUAGCAUUACAUUUAGAGGUCACUAGUGGGAGUGGUUGGUUCACUAUGGAAUGGCUUAUGUUUUUGAGGGAGGGAAGAGUUAAUAGGUGGUGGCAUGCUGCCUCAUUUUCUUCCGGUGCAAAGAAGAUUCUAACUUGCCAAAAAACUUCAACAUAGACCAUGUUAAAUUUACUGAAGCCUGGUCUUUUUAUUUCCCCCUCGUUCCAUGUUAAUAGAGCUCUGCAGCUUGGAGAAGCUACAUUAGCCUCCUAAAUGCUGGUAAUGAUGCAGUGUACAGUGAUUUUUAGUGUGACAGAUCAGAGUUAAAUUGGGUGUCGAGAUGGACACCGGGGUAAACUGACGGAUUCGUCUAGAGUCUUGGGGUGUGCUGAAAGUGUUGAACAGAUACUGACAUUGUACAAUUUGAACGACCAUAUGGAGUGAAUCAUGGGCAGACCAUCGGUGUUGGCCAACUGCUCUCUUUGUAAUUUAUUCUUGAUCUCAGCUGUUGGCGUCUAUUUUUCCCAGAGUUGAUUCUUCAAUACCCUGGAGAAUUGUGACCAAAAUUCUUCAAUGAUGUUUCAUUGUAAUCUGUGUAAUACUGUAAUUGACAUUUUCAUGGUGAAAUUUGUUUCACCUGUCAUGUAAAAUAUUUAAGGUUUGAUGGCAUUUUUACUUUAUCACAA